UCUCACAGGUUUGUCUGCCUGCCAGUCACACAUAUAUAAACGCUCAAGGAUAUUUGGAGGUAUGGAGGAGCUUCUGUUACCGAGUGGCGAAGAGGAGGUGCGCUCUGACAACAGUUCGUAUGCUCCUGGAGAUGCAGGGAGGACGAUGGGGGACCAAAUCAAGACUUUCCUCCUGAAGAUAGUGAAGGGGGACCUUGGGACUGUGAAGGAUUUCUGUAGGAGGAAUGGGCUGCUCACGCUGUCAGUCAUCUCUGUGAUCACCGGCUGCACAUUAGGCUUCAUGCUGAGAGGAAGUCAGAUGUCUACACAGGCCAAGAUCUACUUCUCUUUUCCUGGUGAGCUACUGAUGAGGAUGCUGAAAAUGCUCAUCCUUCCUCUCAUCACAUCCAGUUUAAUGUCGGGUUUGUCGUCGAUGGAGUCAAAGGCAUGCUGCCGGAUGGGCGUCAUCACUGUCACAUACUACCUGUGGACCACCUUCAUCGCCGUGGUGGUUGGCAUCGUGCUCGUGAUCAUCAUCAAACCAGGAAUUGGGACGGAGAUGGAGAGCAACCGGCUGGGUGGUGGGCCUGUCAUGACCUCAGCUGACGCCCUGCUCGACCUCAUCAGAAACAUGGUUCCUUCCAACCUGAUCGAGGCCACGUUUCAGCAGUACAAAACAGACCUGAUUCCCAUCCUCAAAGUUCCAACUAAAGCCAUUCAAGCUGACUUCAUCUAUGUCAUCCCUGAUGACAACGACCCCAAAGGCCGGACAGUGUACCUUGAGCUGACUCCUCCUCCUGAUGUCAUAUACAAAACAAGUCCAGGCAGCAGCCAGCAGAUGAACGUCCUCGGCAUCGUUAUCUUCUCCGCAACCAUGGGUCUGUUGCUGGGCAGGAUGGGAGAGCGAGGAGCUCCACUGGUGAACGUCUGUCAGUGCAUUAAUGAGUGUGUCAUGAAGAUCAUCAAUGCUGCUGUGUGGUAUUUCCCAUUUGGGAUCAUCUUUUUGGUAGCAGGAAAGAUCCUGGACAUGCAGGACCCAAGCACACUGGGGAAGAAGCUGGGCUGGUACGGCAUCACUGUGCUCACCGGCCUCUUUGUCCAUGGACUCAUACUCCUUCCUCUCUUCUACUUCCUCCUCACCAGGAAGAACCCCUUCAGAUACAUCCGUGGCCUCCUGCAGGCCAUGGUCAUCGCCCUGGCCACAUCCUCCAGUUCUGCCACACUGCCCAUCACCAUGAAGUGUUUGUUGGAAAACUGCCACGUGGACCGGCAGAUUGCUCGUUUUGUCCUCCCAGUGGGCGCCACCAUCAACAUGGACGGCACGGCUCUCUAUGAGGCAGUGGCGGCCAUCUUUAUUGCUCAGGUUAAUGACUACGAGCUGGACUUUGGCCAGCUGGUCACCAUCAGCAUCACAGCUACAGCUGCCAGCAUCGGAGCUGCCGGGAUCCCUCAGGCUGGUCUCGUUACCAUGGUGAUUGUACUCACAUCAGUGGGCCUCCCGCCAGAUGACAUCACCCUCAUCGUAGCCAUUGAUUGGAUCCUAGACCGGUUUCGUACCAUGAUCAAUGUCCUUGGCGACGCCCUGGCAGCAGGAAUCAUUGCCCAUCUCUGUCGGAAAGACUUCCCCCUCAGCACAGCAGGAAAGUCUGUGCCAUCCUACGGGACGCAGACUCCGCACAACAAAUCCCACACAGUCGACGUGCAAAUGACAGAGAUCCACACACACAAAGCCUGCACGUGUGAGUCGAUGGGUGACUCCGUGAGUCAGAUGCACGCACAUACCGUCUACUACAACAUCUGCCAGGUGUGACUGGAGAGAGUGGAGCAGCUCACCUUAAAAGAGUCCGCCCAAGUUUGGUGAGACAUCAUUGUGCCAUCCUCACAGGAAUGUUAAGAAGAGGUGAAUUCUGUGCAGAAAUAUCCUUUUUGGUGCCAGUUUGAUGCAGCUAUCUGGAGCUGUGGUUUAUUCUGAGUUUCUGUUGCUCACCAAGGACAGGGAGGGUGAGAGGUGCUCUCCAGCAGCCCCUCAGUUCAUCCAUUGUCUCAAGCAAGUUUUUGUAUCACCUGUCUCUUAAAGGCCCACUGGGAUAGAAACCCAUUUUGAUCUGAUUGGCCAUCAUCUGGAAGCCUGCAGAACCCAUUGCUUGUGAGCUGUACUGCCCAUACUUGCUGCACAGAGUGGUCCGAAGCUUUGAUUUUGGUUCCUUGGGAUUACUUUUACAUUUAAUGCAAACAACAAUCAAUACAUGACAGAAAAUAAGAAGAAACAGAAUAGGUUCCUUUUAAAAUAAACUCUCCAAGCUGGUGGACGAUUUUGUAAAAUUUGUUGCAGAACAUGAUACAAGGGGCCUCAUCUGUACCACCUGGAAUACACCUCCAAAGGGAAAUCUGCAAGUUCCUCCAACUACUGGUCAAAAAAAAAAAAGGGUGAUUUAAUUACUUGGUUCUGAAACACGUUUGUUAAUGUGAGGCAUUGCUUAUUCUGGUGGAUACGUUACUGCAGUGAACAUAAUCCCUCUGACAUCAGCUUUUUUUGGUCCUCUGCAGCUGAAAUGAAUGAGGUUGUGUUGCCAUGAUCAUCAUAGCCGCCAUGUGGUUAGAAUGGCUAGGUAUCACCAACUCAACACCACCAAAAUGUUUCUGCAUUGCUGAACUAUAAUUUCCUGGAUGACCACUGUAUGUCCUGCAGCUAUAAUGAGUUCCCCUUUCACGAUGGGUUCAUUUUAUCUGGCUUCAUAUCAGAAAUCUACAUCCUGAUGUUGCAGGUGGAAACAUGGAUCAAUAUGAAGAUAAUUUAGACUUGCUAGAACACACUGGCCUUUAUUUUGGGAUAGUUUUUCAGAAGACAGCUUAUAAAACCCAUACUGGAUCACAGCAGGUCUUAUCUACUAAAGAACAGACAUCUAUAUGGAUGUUUGUUCUCUCUUACCUCCCAGAUAUUAGCACUUCCACAACACUUUGACUGAACGGUGGUCUGAUUGGCUGGUGCCCAGUGCUCACACUGGGUGAAGGGUUAAGGAGUAAUGAAUGAAUCCAAGUGCUCUUCAUCUUAUAGAUGCAACCUUUCUGUUUGCUUUGUAUAUACUAGCAUGCUGGCAUGCGUUCUCACUGACUUCAUGUGAAGUUGAGGUGCAUUAUUUUCUUCUUUUUUUUGUUUUGACUUGAAUAUUGCAACGUAAACAAAGUGCUGUAGGGAUCUGGGGAAUUUUAUCGAUGACCGCUGCAGCUAAAGUGAACAGAUUUUAGUUUGGUCUUCAGUCAGCCCUUGAUCUGCUAAACAAUCAGAAUAGAUUAUGUUACUUUCGGUGAUUUAUCGAGGGCCUCUGGAGCCACAAAACCACCUGAAUUUAUAGAAGUCAGUUUUCUGUUACACCCAGGAGGUUUGAUGAAGAGCAGGCAAUAAAUGAGUGCUCUCAAAUUACUAAUUCAUCUGUAAGGAUUAAUGAAAAGAGUUCUGCAUAAUUUUCAGAAACAUCAGCAUUAUAUGGCUCAAGUAUGUGCGCAGCUGAUGCUCAUACUCCAUGCUCAGUAUGGAGUAUGAGCAUCAGUAUGGGGUAUGGGCUGUUAUACUAUUGUAUGUGCUAUGUCUUCCAUUUUGUACAACAAGCGGGAGACAGCAUAUAUACUGUGAACCCAAGAUGACAUGAUGAGGCUACCAGUACUGGAUACAUGCUGGAUGAUGUUAUACACAGUGGCAGUGGCGCAGUAGGUAGCUUGGUUCUGCUUGCCUUGCAGCCGGAAGGUUGCAGGUUCGAGUCUGUCCCUGCACUGCGUUGUGUCCUUGGGCAAGACGCUUAAACCAUAUUUCCUAACGGUAGUGCCGGUCUCUGGCUGCAUGACCGCAGAUGCUCGUCUCUGGAUGAGUGAUCUGGAACCAUCAUUUCGUUGUGUACCUUGUGCGCACAAUGACAAUGAGUUGAAUCUAACAUCUAAAUAAUACAUCUAUGAAUACACGUUUUCCUUUGCAACUGGGGGUUGCAAAGGAAAACGUGUAUUCGCCGGCCAGUUGGUGAAUGGUUACUGGACGUUGCUGGUUGUUGCUGGAUGAAAUCAGUCACAAAGAGGGUGCUGCACCAAAAACCACCUUGUAAUUGUUUUGGUCACUGGCAGACUGCCGCAGUCACCUGUAGUUUCCAUGUAAGUCCCCAAAUUAUCUGCCAACACUCACCAGUUGCUCACCAAGCAGUACUCAAACUGUGACAAGUGUAACACAAACCAGAAAUGGAGAACAUUUGUCAUCAGAGUAAAAGGUGUGCCUCAGGACCACAGCCAACAUGUUUAAAAAGGCCCAACUUUAUAAAGCAAACAAUAUUAAAUCAAUAGCACAAUAGUGAGUAAAAAAUAAUCAGUGUGUAUAAAUUAGUAAUCUGAGAGCACAGUUUUUUUCAACUGGAUUAAUUUCCUCCCUUAUCCUCAAUAACAUGUCCAAAUUCAAAGGUAAAAAAUUCAUCAAACUAAGCAUCAUGGAUCCCAGGGGAUUUUUUUUGCACAAUGAUUCAUAAGUGUUGUUGAUGUUUUAUAAUUAUGUACCAGUGAUUACCUGUGUUUAAACCUCUCAGUUACCUCUUAACUGUGCAGAUUACCUCGAUUUUGGGAUUCAUUGCUGAAAACACAAAUAUGAUGAAACAUGACAGUUUGUUUAUCUUUAGGGCUGAUGGUAAGAGUGAGAAGGAGAAUUCAAAAAAAGGAUUUGUAUGUUGCAUGAAUUAAAGUUCAGUGGAUGACAUAAAGCUCUUUAACCUAUUUGAAGUGCCCCCGAAUGUCUGUGAUUUAAAGUAGUAGUUUUGUUUGAGUUAAGUGUGAAAACGUAGACCUGCCUUAAUCUACAGCUGCGGUCAGAAGUUUUCAUACGCUCAUCAUUGGCAUGAAUGUCGUGAUAAUUUGGGGGCUUUUAAUGGUUUCUGUGAACUGUUCUUUUUUCCAGGGUGGGAUUGCAGGUGGGUGGGUGAUUGUAGAGCAUACAUCUUUAAAGUAUGAAUUUAUUUUCUCGAAUUCAUGCAGGGUCAAAAGAAUACAUGCAGGCUCAAAUAAUGUUUGGUUAAAUGUUCCUCAGCAAGUUGCACCUCAACCAGAUGCUUUUGGUAGCCAUCACCAAGCUUCUGGCAUAAUGCUGGCUGGAUAUUUGACCACUCUUCUUGGUGGAAUUGGUAGAGUUUCAUGUAAAUUGAUUGGUUUCUGGGCACAGACUCGACUUUUCACCGUAGUACACAAAUUUUCAACAGGGUUGAGGUUGAUGCUUUGGGAAGACUGUUCCAGAAGCUUAACAUUAGCCUGCUUUAUCCAUUCCAAAACCAGUUUUGAUUCAUGUUUGGGGUCAUUGUCCUGUUGGAACGCUCAAUCCUGUCCAAGUUUCAAAUAUGUAAAUUUUGGAGGAGGGGCUUCUUUCUUGGUUGGCACCAUUUCAGUCCAUGGUGAUGUAAAAUUUGCUUCACGGUGGACAGUGACACUGGUGUUCCAGCAGCUUCCAGUUCAUGGCAGGCUUGAGCCUUAGUGGUUCCUGUGUUGUUCCUGAAUGUCCUAACCAAUUUCCUCAUGUGAAUGUGAGACCUUGACAAAUAACCUCUACUUACAUACAGUUGUUUCAGGUUAUGAUCCUGGAAUCUCCAGUUGUCUAGAAAUUGUUCCAAGAGACUUUGCCCACAUCUGUAAAUCUCCUUCUUAGAGCUUUACUGAGUUCCUUGGAUUUUCCCAUUGUUCUGAGUACUGGCCAUGCCAAUAAGUGCUGUCAAACAAAUUCUUUUUAUGCCUUCAAAGAGAAACCUUCAGUGCCACUUAUUAAAAGAUUUAAGUGAGUGUAUGUAUGUAUUAUUUGAGCCUGUAUGAAUAAUUUUGACCCUGUGUUGAUUAAAAGAAAAUCCAAAAUAAAUUCAAA